GCCGGACUCGUUCAUCCACUGGAGUACUUGGCUAAUUGCCCCGGACCGCUUUUGCAUAUCAAACGGCAACCUACCACAGACCGUGCCUCUGACGCACACGACUUUUUUGUCGUUGAUUUGUGUUUACUUCGCCAUGUCGAUCGAUUCUCUAUCGCGAAUCGAGAUAUCCAGAUUGGAAGGCAGGGCAUCGUCUAUCCGCCUUCGUCAGAACCAAUUCCAUCGUCUGCAGGAUGCUCUGACAUCUUCUGAAGGAGCAAUCAAGGGGUGUUUGAUCGAAAGCCACGGCUAUGGCGAGGACGAAAGUGGAUUGGAAUACGCCCUGGCUCUCUCGGAGCUACGAACUCACUAUCUCUCUCUGAACCUCAAGAGAUCGGUAGAGCUCUCUCAUUCUAUCGAGGAUCUCAGUGCUACGACAGGCGUAGGAAUCGUUUAUUUGAUUCCUACAAAGCAGAACCCAUUUUAUUCAGUGAUAUCUGUUCUUACAUCGGCACUGGCGGCUGGAAAUUGUGUCGUGGUCGAGUUACCCCCCCAGUCGAGUCCUAUAGUCGAAUUGCUUCAGAGCAUCCUUACGCCAGUAUUAGAUCGAGAUCUAUUCGCUUUCAGCAAUUCGAGACCUUCGGCAGAGUUUUUGUCUACAUGUCAUCUCGUUUCCCAGACAGAUGAUCGCGCGAAAGUACCUUAUAAUAGCGCCAACGCAGCUCUUUCCAGGCCUUCGGGGAAUGCGGUGGCGAUUGUCGAGCGAUCAGCCGAUAUAAACGCAACAGCAAAAGCCAUAACAACAGCGCGGCUCGCAUUUCGAGGGCAUUCAGCCUAUGCACCCGAUCUCAUUUUGGUCAAUGAAUUCGUGGCAAACGAGUUCCUUCGGUGUCUGAAGCAGGCACUGGCAGCCCCAAAAGGAUUACUACCGCGUCCAGAAACUCAGGUUCGGGACUCGAGGUCAGACAACAUCAACCAGAUCUUACGAGAACUUGAGAAAUCUCAAGACGGGAGCGUGCUCUUCGCAGGUGACCACGGAAGCAUUGUUGAAAUCGCCGACCGAACGAAAGCCUCUACCGGCUACAAGAUCACCGCACCAGUUUUUGUAAUAUAUCGGACAACCAGUCUAGACGAUGCUGUCGAUAUCAGCAACAAUAUCUCGGGGCCGACAGAAGCUUCCUAUCUUUUUGCGGAUCCAAGCGAAGCAAUCUACCUAUCGAAGUAUAUUGAAUCCCGUAUUUCUUUCGUGAACCAAAUUCCUGCAGAGCUCUUGGUUGGUCCACUGGCACCAGGCCAUCCUUCUGUCCCACCUAGUUUAAGCCCGCGAUAUCCAGCAGAUUUGUUUCGCUCUCCUCGACCACGUCUUUCACGCACUACAGCUCUGACCAAGGCUCUGCAAAGAGCAACCCUUCUGGGCACGAGUGAUCCAAUCAAGAAGUGGUAUCGGUCGACCACAGGGUUGUCCCUUCCAGCAAUUGGGCAGAAAGAAGAGAACUCGGGUGACUUCUUCGGGCUCGGCUUUGCGGUAUUUGGUGUGGGUUUCAUCUCACUGGCGGCUGGAGGGGCGUUGAUGGUUUGGAGAUCGAGAAAGUAGAUACCUAGAGGGAGUCGCAUAGCAUGUGACAAUUCGAACAACUGAGCAGUUACACGCAGAUAAUUCUUCAGACUGGUUGCGUUCUUGUCUAAACAAACCGAAUGCAUGCGAAAGGUGUCACAAACACUAAAAGGCU